AUACAUUUGGUUGUUCAAGACAACGACGAGGCUGGAGCCUUCAGGCUCUGUCAGCUGCCAUGUGUUAAUCUCUGCUCCCGAUGCCACAUUGAUAUGACGGCAUCCGAUGAGAAAUUCCCUAUUCACAAAAACGACUCGGCUCUCUUAUCAACCCGUCUGAUUUCCUCUUCACUUGGAAACGGCAUAGCGGCUUCAGAAUCAGCAGUUUCUCAACUUGAUUUGGAACCUGAUACGUCCUCAGACACUUCCAAGAUGGAUGUAAUUUUAAGCAGCGAUAAUACCGUUACUAAGAUCCAGGAUAAAAAUCAACAGCUGGAGACAAAUUUGCAGUCGAUGGAGAAUGCAACUCAUAGAGUUUCGACUAGAAUCUGCACACGGACCAUGCAGCCCGUUGCAUUCAGUGUACUAGCAGGUUUACAGGAGCCAACGCUAAACUUAUCUCGACCUCAGGCUUCUAAGCCAGGCACCGCUUCAAAUGGCUGCCACAAAGAUAUUUUGCAAACGAUGUCUAUUGCUUUACACCUCUCAGUCUCCAACACGGUCAAUAUGAUUAAAUCUUUUUAUCCAUUUGCGGUCAGACUCUGA